CUCCAAACUAACAUGGCAGUCAGACUGUGUGAUGUGGCUUCUCUGCUUAGAAGUGGUUCGUGGGCAGCAGAGCCUUGGACUGGGCAGGUAAUUGCUGCCAUGGAAACACAGCUGUCUAAUGGACCAACCUGCAAUAACACAGCCCAUGGUUCAACGACCAUAAACAACUGCUCAUCACCAGUUGAUUCUGGGAACACAGAAGACAGCAAGACCAAUUUAAUAGUCAACUACCUUCCACAGAACAUGACACAAGAGGAACUGAAGAGUCUGUUUGGCAGCAUUGGCGAGAUAGAAUCCUGCAAGCUUGUCAGAGACAAAAUAACAGGACAGAGCUUGGGUUAUGGUUUUGUGAACUACAUUGACCCCAAGGAUGCUGAAAAAGCUAUCAACACUCUGAAUGGAUUGAGACUUCAAACUAAAACCAUAAAAGUUUCCUAUGCGCGACCAAGUUCUGCUUCUAUCAGAGAUGCAAAUUUAUAUGUUAGCGGACUUCCAAAAACAAUGACCCAGAAAGAACUGGAACAGCUCUUUUCCCAAUACGGACGCAUUAUUACUUCUCGUAUUUUGGUUGACCAAGUGACUGGAGUAUCAAGGGGCGUGGGGUUUAUCCGGUUUGACAAACGAAUUGAAGCAGAAGAAGCUAUCAAGGGCUUGAAUGGCCAGAAGCCUCCAGGUGCCACAGAGCCCAUCACUGUAAAGUUUGCUAACAAUCCCAGCCAAAAAACCAAUCAGGCCAUCCUUUCCCAGCUGUACCAUUCCCCAAACAGAAGGUAUCCUGCACCUCUAGCUCAGCAGGCGCAACGGUUUAGGUUGGACAAUCUGCUCAACAUGGCUUAUGGAGUAAAGAGGUUUUCUCCGAUGACCAUUGAUGGAAUGACCAGUUUGGCUGGAAUUAAUAUCCCUGGACAUGCAGGAACUGGGUGGUGCAUUUUUGUGUACAACUUGGCCCCUGAUGCUGAUGAGAGUAUCCUCUGGCAAAUGUUUGGGCCCUUCGGAGCAGUAACCAAUGUGAAGGUCAUCCGUGACUUUAACACCAACAAGUGCAAAGGUUUUGGAUUUGUGACUAUGACAAACUACGAUGAGGCAGCUAUGGCAAUAGCCAGCCUGAACGGAUACCGCCUCGGGGACAGAGUAUUGCAGGUCUCCUUCAAAACGAACAAAACGCACAAAGCCUAACAAGUUUUAUUCUCAGUGCAUUACUACAUGAAAACUAUACAACAAAGGCGAUUUACAAGAAGCUUUAGGCAUUAGUAAAUGCCUUUGUUGUAUGCCAGUGUGGAAAUGGGGAUAAAAUGACUACUUAGCAUCCUAAGAAUAUGUGAGAUUUUGUAUUGCUAAUAUUUGAAUUAAAACUUCUUAAAUAUCUUUUGUGUUUGCAUAUUGACAAGAGGUGCAGGGUUUUUACCUGUCACAAUGCAUAUUCUAUUGCCUUCUUUGAAGAAGGUGGACCUUUUAAAAUGUUCCAGCUAAGGGAAGAAGUUUUUGCUUUGAACAUGACUGCCUUUAAGAUAUGAGUAAAUAUUGAGGCUUUGUGUUACACUUAGGUUGGUCUUUAUUUCUUGAUUUGCCUUGUGUUUAAUUUACAUUUUGAUGCAUUCCUGUUUUGUUGUUCAAGAAAAGUAUUUGAAGUUUAUUUUAUUUAUAAAGUUAUAAGCAGUAUUUAUUUUGUAAUUAUCGUUUGGGUUGGGGAAUGGGAACACAUUAUAAAAGCUUAUUGUAAGAAUACUGGAGAACUUUUCGUAAAGCAGUACCUUGCCAAAGAGAUAAGAGCCUCUUUGAUGUGGGUUUAAAAAGCAUCUAUUUUUA